AACCUACCUUUUAAGAAUGAGAAACAGCUGGGUUUAAGGGAGUUCAGAAUGAAUCAAGACUGAACCAUUUAAAUGUGGCUGUGGUUUCUGCAUAUAUUAUGGAUGGGAUCCUUCUGAGAAUACUGGAAUAGGGAAUUAUGACACCAAGCCAAUUCAGCUGUGAACCUUAUUCUCGUACUUUUCUUUCUUGCUGGUAAUUUUAUGGAGCAGGUUAAGAAAGCUGCUCUGUGUUAGGAUAAACUGUGUACCAGUAAUUUUGAGAACCUGUGAUGAGUGAUGCAUUUUACUUGUAUCUUUUCCUUCCUACCUUGAUGCCAGUAAUGUAUAAGGGAUCUUUAUAGUUUGAAUGUAUUUGAAUAAUUUCAGUAUCCUUUAGCUCUACUUUUUUAUUGGACUCAAAACGAUUCAUAGGUCUCAAGUAGUCACAUGUGUUUUAAAAGCCUGAAGUCAAUGAGAUGAAACUCAACAUCAAUAAUACGAAGUAACUUGUAAAUAAAUAAUGUAAGGAACUCAUUGGGGCAGUGGCUCACACCUGUAAUCUCAGCACUUUGGGAGGCUAAGGUGGAAGGAUCACUGGAAGCCAGAGUUCAAGACCAGCCUGGGCAACACACCAAGACACCGUCUCUACAAAAAAUUUAAAAAUUAGCUGGGCAUGGUGGUGAUCACUCAUAGUUCCAGCUACUCAGGAGGCUGAGUCACUUGAGCCCAGGAGGGCAGUGCUACAGUGAACUGGAUUGUUCCACUAUAGUAUUGCCUGGGUGACAGUAAGACCCUGUCUCAAAAAGAAAAGAAAAAACAUUAGGUAGUUUGGCUGGAGCAUAAUAAUUAAUUAGAUUUUCUGGUUUUCAAAAAUGUGAGUUUCAAUAAAAGAAUAUUUCAAUGUGCUACUUCAAUUUUCAGUAGCAAAUGUAUAUAUAGAAAAACGUUAAUGUAUGUGAGUACCUUAAAAAACGUGAGAAACUGGAAGAUAAUAUUGUAAAGCAUCUACAUAUACCCUAGGUCUUUUGUGUACACAGUUAUUUGUGAUGAUUAUAAGGUAUUAUGAAGGCAGGUAGGAUUAUCUCCAUUUUACAGUCACGGAAGCUAAAGCCUAGAGCUGGAAACUUGUUCAGUGAUAUAAGAUUCAUACCCUGGUUAUGCCCUCCCAGAAAGCCCUUCCCAACAUAUGUUGUCCAUACAGGGAAAAAAUGAGCAAAGAUAGGUGGCUUAACUCUGGUAUGUGAGUAAGAUAUAGGAAAUUUAUAGAGGAGUUUCUCUCAAUGUGCCAGCUUAUUUUGUUCUCUGUGUUUUAUAUUCUGAGAAUGAUUACCAGCCAUCCCAAAUUCUGUGGUGGUUACAGCUCCCCUGGGGUUGUUGCUGGUUGGCCCCCACUUUGAGACUGAUGCCAGGGCAGGUUGAGAGGAAAACUGACUUUAGCUGGGUUUGAUCUUGGAUCUGGGAAAGAGAUAUGCUCUGAAAAUCAUGGCAACUCUGGAAGGUUAAAAAGAUAUUAAUGUAUCCUGGAGAGUUUGAGGCUUUGCAGAAAUUUACUGGCAGAGCAGAAUGAUUCUGAAAAGUGUUAAGUCAGUGAGGGGAUAUUUGAUAUUUUCUGCUAACUUGGGUAUUCUCUGAGGUAUUCACUUUGCAUUGCUUAUCCUUUGUCUAAGAUAUGUAUACACAUACUUCCUUUGUGAGCUUAUCCUACUUCCAGAGUUUUCUCCCCAGCCUCAGCCUUGCUUUGGGUCUUCAGGCCCAAGUUUCUCCCCAUGUCUUGGGUGAUUGCUCCCACCUACCCUGCUGCCAGCUGGGAUCCAACAUGCGCAAACCCAGCUGUGAACUAAACAGUAUUAAAAGAAAGAGCCUUUGCUUCAGCAGUUUAUGUUAAGACGGGGGCUUGGGUCAUCUUAUCUCCACUAAUGUGUAAGAUGAAAGUCCUGUUAGAUAAAAGAGUUUUUUAUCUUUUUGGAAGACCCAUGUUUUGUGCUUUUUGGGUUUCAGUAUAAGGUUUUCCUGCAGGGCUGCAGGGAAAGUUCCCCAGCAUUUCCAACCAGUGAGGUGCAAAAUUAUUUGGGCCUGUAGCUCUACCUAUUACUUUCACGAUCAUUUUUGAAAAAUCACAUCUGUUAAGCUGAACCAUGUGAAACUGCUAAAUGCUGAUGUUUUCUACUUAAAAAAUAGGCCAGCAGUUUGUAAAUUCAACUUAAUAUAUGAACUUUUUGAAAAAGCUUUUCUGGGAAACUAAAAGGAAAAUGGACGCCAGAUUUCCAGAGUAAGGGGAGGAGGGACCCGAGCAACAUCUCUUCCCUGUGAGACCUGGCUCCUGCGCGCGGCCCGCUAUUUGGAUUCCACCCGCCGACUCUUACCUUGGCCGGCGCCGGCCUCGCCACGCCCCAUUUUGCGGCCGCCGUAAAGAGUGGCUGCGCGGCGUGGCCACGCCCUUUCAGCGCUUGUUGUGACGCAGGCGCCCUAGGCUUUUUGAGCGGGAAAAAGAAGCAACCCUGAGUGGUAGCCGGCGGUGCCGGGAGCAGCUGCUUUCUCUCGGGCCGUAUCUCCCACCCCCGGCAUGGGGCUGCUGGAGCUUUGCGAGGAAGUGUUCGGCACCGCCGACCUUUACCGGGUGCUGGGCGUGCGACGUGAGGCCUCCGACGGCGAGGUCCGACGAGGCUACCACAAGGUGUCCCUGCAGGUGCACCCCGACCGGGUGGCCGAGGGCGACAAGGAGGACGCCACUCGCCGCUUCCAGAUCCUGGGAAAAGUCUAUUCCGUUCUCAGUGACAAAGAACAGAGAGCAGUGUACGAUGAGCAGGGAACAGUGGACGAGGACUCUCCUGUGCUCACCCAAGACCGAGACUGGGAGUCGUAUUGGCGGCUACUCUUCAAAAAGAUAUCUUUAGAGGACAUUCAAGCUUUUGAAAAGACCUACAAAGGUUCAGAAGAAGAGCUGGCUGAUAUUAAACAGGCCUAUCUGGACUUCAGGGGUGACAUGGAUCAGAUAAUGGAGUCUGUGCUUUGCGUGCAGUACACAGAGGAACCCAGGAUAAGGAAUAUCAUUCAGCAAGCUAUUGACGCGGGAGAAGUCCCAUCCUAUAAUGCCUUUGUCAAAGAAUCGAAACAAAAGAUGAAUGCAAGGAAGAGGAGGGCUCAGGAAGAGGCCAAAGAAGCAGAAAUGAGCAGAAAGGAGUUGGGGCUUGAUGAAGGCGUGGAUAGCCUGAAGGCAGCCAUUCAGCUUUCAGCAAGUUCCUCAACCUUUCAGGCCACUUUGGUGUCCUCUAGUGCAAAAUGGCCCCGUGCUUAGAGGACUUUGAAGGGAUGCUGCCCGUCAAGGAUAGGACUAAACUAUUCUGGUCUUCCUGCCUCUCUAGCAAUUCACUUACGCUUUUUUCUUUUUUUAAACACACCCUAACUGCUUUCUAAUUACAAAAGUUUAGGCUUUAGCUGCCUUAUGUUCACCUUUAUUUUUUCUAUGAAUGUCUAGAUUUGAUCAUGAUCUCUAGCCAGGUGACUUUUAGGUCAGUUUCCAGAUCUCAUCUCUUCCACAUUUCCAGUGAGAUGGUCCAUCUUUUCCACCAAAACAAGCUUCUGUCAAGCUUGAAAUCUGAGAUGAGUGAUUCCUCUAUUUCUAUAUAAUUUCACUUACUUGACAAUAUCUCACAAAAUAACUCAUUCCUUUCUCACCCGGUAUGGUCGCUUGAGUGCACACCCUUAACAGCUUGUGUGUGGACUCAUGCACUGACCCCUUACCUUUAGUCCCUUCCACUCCAUCCAAUCCAUGUUCCACUGCUGUGAAGUCGACCUUUCAAAUUCCUGAUUUAAAUAUAUGCGCUGCCAAACCAAAACUCAUACAUUGCUGGAAGAAGUGUAAGAUGGUACAACUCCUUUGGGAAACUGUAUGGCAGUUUCCUAUGAAACUAAACAUAUACCUGUCCUGUGACCCUUUUACUUCCAGGAGUCUAUUCAAGAGAAAUGAGACCGUAAAACCACAAAAAAGACAUACAAGAAUAUUUAUGGUACCUUUACAUGUAAUACCUCUAACCUGGAAACAAUCCAUGUGUUUAAUUAACAGGAGAGCAGAUAGAUAAAUCAUGCGUAUUCUUACAAUUGAAUACUCCUCAGCAAGACAACAGGUCAUAUGAAACAGUGUGGAUGAAUCACAAAACAUGACACUCAAAACCCUCCACAAUCUGGUCCUAACAUAAGUUCCAUAGUCACUUCUUUCUUGCUAAUUACACCAUGGCCUAUUUUAAUUCUAGAGGAUUGCCAAUUAUCUUUGUUCAGAAACAUUAAAGUUCUGACCCAUCUUCCAUCCUUUUAUAUCAAAAAUGGUCUGCUAUCUCUCCUAAAUAUUUUGUACUUUCCUAUCUCCAAACCUUUCCCCAUAUCAUUCCUUUUACCUAGAAUGCCCCUGCUGCUCUCCUUUGCUUAUCCAAAGCCCCAUCUUUCAAGGACAACUUCCAAACCAACACUUACCCACCAGCAUGUUUUGGGGCUGUCAUAGCACUCAUUCUGGACAGCACACACAUGGCACUCAGUCACAAAAAUGUCACAUACAGUUAGGACUCUUUUUACCCAGGUAUGUCUUCUCUUUCUAGUUACAUUAUUAGCCCCCUGAGGGUGGAGUAUUUUUGUUUUUUGUGUUGUGGUUGCUUGGUCGGCACUUAAUAAAUGCAUACUGAUGAACUGAUUUUCCUUUCCUCUAUUUCCUUUUUACACUCUAUAGUCUGAAAAUGUUGAACUUCUUACAG